AUGAGCAUGCAGUCGCGUGGUCGGGUUCCCAUUGAACCCCAACGUGUCGAUGCUCCCCUCACCCAGACUGCUACCUUCUUAAUAGUUACCAUUAAUAAUACGCUACAAGCUGUCGGUGUGGUGCGCUCGGUUCUAUCUAGCAUCGAUGGACUAGCUAAAAAUGUCUCCAUUCGAGACCUCAGCGCCGGAUUUGCCUGUACAGUAGGCAUCGGCAGCGAAGCGUGGGAUUCAUUGACCCAGUUACCCCGGCCAGCAGAGCUUCAUCCAUUUCCUGCUAUCCAUGGGCAGAAGCAUACUGCCGUCUCGACACCCGGGGACUUGCUAUUCCAUAUCCGCUCGGAGCGACGAGAUUUAUGUUUCGAAUUCGAACGACAGCUACUAGAUGCCCUUGGCGAUGCCGUUACCGUCGUGGACGAGACGAACGGUUUUCGUUAUUUCGAUGUUCGCGACCUUCUCGGAUUCGUAGACGGCACGGCAAACCCUGUGGGACCAGCCGUCCCAGCUUCUAUCCUCGUGAGUGAAGAGGAUGCGUCUGGUGCAGGUGGGAGUUAUGUUGUGGUCCAGAAAUAUGUGCAUGACGUGAAAGCGUGGAAUGCUCUCCCUACUGAGCAGCAGGAGCGCAUUAUUGGGCGCAAGAAACCAGAUAACGUCGAGCUAGAUGACGCCGCAGCAGGUCAACAGCAGUCGCAUAAGUCACUAGCCAGUAUCGAAGACGAAAGCGGCAACGAGCACGAUAUCCUUCGGGAUAACAUGCCGUUUGGAUCUCCCGGCUCGAAAGAAUUUGGAACAUACUUCAUUGGAUAUUCGAGAAAUCUGUGGGUUAUUGAACGGAUGUUACAGCGUAUGUUUAUUGGUCAUCCGCCUGGUUUACAUGAUAGGCUACUUGAUUUCUCUACCCCUCUAACAGGCACCACGUUCUUUGCACCAUCUUCUGAUUUCUUAAAAAGGCUGGACGCGGAGAGAAGCUAG